AUGCUGAACUCUACUGACAACUACCAGAAUUUCCUAGCCUUCAUUUUUGCCAUUGAAGAGAUCAACAGGAAUCCUCACCUUCUACCCAACAUAACUCUGGGGUAUGAAUUCCACCAAAUACAUUACAGACACUGGAGGAUGCUGGAGAGUAUGUUCAAACUGCACACAGGACAAGCUGAGGUCCCUAACUAUACUUGUAGGAGAGAAAGCAAGUCUGUAGCAGUCCUGAUAGGAACAAACUGGGCAAAUGCUGGAAAAAGUGCAGCACUGCUGGAGCUCUACAAGUUUCCACAGUUCAGCUUUGGUUCCUUUGAUCCCACAUUCGGUGACAGAGGCCAGUUUCCUUUUCUGUAUCAAGUGGCCCCCAAGGAAACGUCUCUGGUCACUGGCAUGGUCUCCUUGAUGCUUCACUUCAGCUGGACCUGGGUAGGACUGGUCAUCACAGAAGGUCAGAAAGGCACUCAGUUUCUCUCAGAUGUCAGAGCAGAAAUGGACAAGAAUGGAGUCUGUGUGGCAUUUGUGAAAAUGAUCUCAAAUUUCCUUGCAAUGUCUGCAAUGGCUCUACAGAAACUAGAUUUCCUGUCCAGGGAAACACCACCAAUAACUGCAGUUGUCCUUUACUAUGACACAGAAAGUCUAAAUGACAUAAACUAUCAAAUAGGGCAGUACUUGGUGAUAUGGAGAGUCUGGGUCACAAACUCACAAUGGCAUGCUGACACAUCUGGGAGAAAUUUCAUACUUGACUCAUUCCAUGGGACUCUCAUUUUUUCAAACCACCGUGAGGACAUUCCAGAAUUUAAAACUUUCAUUCACAGAGCUAACCCCACCAAAUACCCAGAGGACAUGUUUCUCACUCUAUAUUGGUUCCAGAAUUUUCAUUGCUCAGUAUCUGAUUCUGAUUGUGCAUUGAAGAACUGCCUGCCUAAUGCUUCCCUAGCAUGGCUGCCUGUGAAUCAUUUUGACAUGGCCAUGAGUGAUGCAAGUUACAACGUAUACAAUGCUGUGUAUGCUGUGGCCCAUGCCCUGCAUGAGCUGCUCCUUCAGCAAGUUGGAGCAAAACCAAUCAGAAAUGGAGACACAAUGCUGUUUUCUGCCUGGCAGCUGCACCCCUUUCUGAAGAAAAUGCAGUUCAAUAAUCCUACUGGAGAACUAGUGAAUUUAGACAAGAAAAGUAAUACAGAAGCAAAGUAUGACAUUCUCAAUGUUUGGAAUUUUCCAGAAGGUCUUAGACGUAAGGUGAAAGUUGGAGAGUUUUCCCCUCAUGCUCCAUAUGGACAAUUAUCUUUGUCUGAAUACAUGAUAGAGUGGGCCACAUGAAUUAUAGAGACUCCCCCUUCUGUAUGCAGUGAGAGCUGUAAUCCUGGAUUCAGGAAAUCUCCCCAGGAAGGAAAAGCUGCCUGUUGCUUUGAUUGCACCCCUUGCUCAGAGAAUGAGGUCACCAAUGACACAGAUAUGGAACAGUGCAUGAAGUGUCCAGAUCAUCAGUAUGCCAACAGUCAGAAAACACACUGUUUGCAAAAGCUCACAAUUUUUCUGAAUUAUGAAGACCCGCUGGGUACAGUUCUGCUUGGUGCAGCCCUGAGUCUCACUGUCCUCACAGUUGUCAUUCUUGGACUAUUUGUAAAGCAUGCAGACACGCCUAUUGUGAGGGCAAAUAACAGGGGCCUCAGCUACACCCUGCUCAUCUCCCUCACCUUCUGCUUCCUCUGUUCCUUGCUCUUCAUUGGCCGUCCCAGCACAGCCACCUGCAUCCUCCAACAGACCACAUUUGCACUUGUGUUCACUGUAGCUGUUUCCACUGUCUUAGCCAAAACCAUCACUGUGGUGCUGGCCUUUAAGGUCACUGCCCCAGGCACAAGAAUGAGGCAGUUGCUGCUAUCAGGAGCACCUAACUCCAUCAUCCCCAUCUGUACCCUGAUCCAGCUCACUCUCUGUGGCAUCUGGAUGGGGACGAAUCCACCCUACAUUGACACAGAUGCUCACUCUGAACAUGGCCACAUCAUCAUCGUGUGCAACAAGGGCUCCCUCACUGCCUUCUACUGUGUCCUGGGAUACCUGGGCUCCCUGGCCAUGGUGAGCUUCACUGUGGCUUUCCUGGCCAGGAAUCUGCCUGACACCUUCAAUGAAGCCAAGUUCCUGACGUUCAGCAUGCUGGUGUUCUGCAGUGUGUGGGUCACCUUCCUGCCCAUGUACCACAGUACUAAGGGAAAGGUCAUGGUGGCCAUGGAGGUCUUCUCCAUCUUGGCCUCCAGUGCUGGGCUCCUAGGCUGCAUCUUUGCCCCUAAAUGCUUCAUUAUUUUGUUAAGACCAGAGAGAAAUUCUUUGCAUGGAUUCAAAGACAAAAUCAAAUCUUGA